AUGGGUAAAAGAAACUUUAGAGGUAGAAAUUAUAAAGGUAAAAAUCAAUCCAGAGAUCCAGCAGAACAAAAAAAUGGAUGGGAUGAAAUCGUUAGAGAAAAUGAAAAAUGGGAAAAUUAUUAUAAAUCACAAAAUUUAAUGAAUGAUGAAGAUUUCCAAAUUUUUAAAAAAUUUUGUCAAAAUCAAUUACCAUUAACUUUUAGAAUUACAGGUUCAAAAUCUCAUGCAAAUGAAAUUUUAAAAAUUUUUAAAGAAAGACAUUUAAAAUAUCUUUCAAAUUUAGAAUUUGAUGGUGAACCAUUAAAAGCUCCACAAUCAUUAUCAUGGUAUCCAAAUGAAUUAGCAUGGCAAAUUGAUGUUCCAAAACAAGUUAUUCGUAAAAAUGAAAAUUUUGCUAAAACUCAAAGAUUUUUGGUUAUUGAAACUGAAGUUGGUAAUAUAAGUAGACAAGAAGCAGUUUCAAUGAUUCCACCAAUUUUAUUAAAAGUUGAACCACAUCAUAAAGUCUUGGAUAUGUGUGCAGCACCAGGUUCCAAGACUGCACAAUUAAUUGAAUCAUUACAUUCAGUUGAUGAUCCAACUGGAUUUGUUGUUGCUAAUGAUUCUGAUCAUAAAAGAGCUCAUAUGUUAAUUCAUCAAGUUAAAAGAUUAAAUUCACCAAAUUUAUUAGUUGUAAAUCAUGAUGCACAAUUUUUUCCAAAAACAAAAUUAGGUGAUGAAUUUAUGAAAUUUGAUAGAAUCUUGUGUGAUGUUCCAUGUUCAGGUGAUGGUACUAUUCGUAAAAAUGCACAAAUUUGGAAUAAAUGGUCAAUUGGUGAUGGUAUUGGAUUAAAUCCAUUACAAUAUAAAAUUUUACAAAGAGGUUUAGAUUUAUUAGCUAAAGGUGGUAGAUUAGUUUAUUCAACAUGUUCUCUUAAUCCAAUGGAAAAUGAAUCUGUUAUUUUACAAGCUUUAAGAAAGAAUAAAGAUGUUAGAAUUGUUAAAACUGAAAUUCCAGGUUUGGUUUAUUCAAAAGGUUUAAAAAAUUGGAAAGUUAUUGGUAAAGAUUAUGAAGAAAAACAAAAAGGUCAAGAAGAUAAUUAUGGUGAUGAAUUAUUCCCACCAAGUGAAGAUGAAGAUUAUAAUUUAGAUGAUUGUAUUAGAGUUUAUCCUCAUCAACAAAAUACUGGUGGUUUUUUCAUUACAGUUUUAGAAAAAAUUCAAGAAGAUGGUGAAGAAGAACCAUUGAAAAAGAAGGCUAAAAUUGAAACUAAAACUACAAGUACCACUACUAAAAAGGAAAAAUUAUCAAAUAGUUCAAAUGAUGCAGUUGAACCUUUUAAUUUCCUUUCUAAGGAUCAAGAAGAAUUAAUUAAAUGUUGGAAAUUUUAUGGUAUAAAUCCUGAAAACACUGUUAUUACAGAAAAUUGUUUUGUUAGAAAUGCCACAGGGGAACCAUCAAGAAUAAUAUAUUUAUCAAGUCCAAUUGCAAAAGAAUAUUUAUUAUUAAAUGAAGAAAAAUUAAAAAUUAUUCAUUCAGGUGUUAAGAUAUUUGUUUCUCAAAGAACAGAUUUAGAUUGUAAAUGGAGAAUUCAAAGUGAAGCAUUACCAAUUAUCAAGAAACAUUUAAGUGAUGUUAGAAUGUUAUCAUGUUCAAUGGAAUUAUUUGAAAAAUUAUUAAAAGAAGCAUUUCCAAAAUAUGAAGAAUUAGAAAAUUUAAAAAUUGAUUUAGAUUUUACAUCAAAGAUUACAAAAUUAAGUCAAGGUUGUGCAUUUAUUACUAUAAAGAGAGAUGUUAAUGAUGAAUUAGAAGAAUUAAUUUUCCCAGUUUGGGUUGGUAAUAAAUGUGUUAAUUUAAUGUUAUCCAAAAAGGAAACAUUUGAAGUUUUAUAUAGAGUUUUCAAUGUUGAAACUUCAGCUCAACAAGAAUAUAAACAAGGUCCAACAGGUCCAAGAAAGGCAAUUGGUGAAGAAUCUAAAGAAGAAACAACUGAAACUGUUGAAGAAACACCAGAAGUUAAAGAAACUACUGAAGAACCAGAAGUUAAAGAACCAGAAACUAAAGAAACUGAAUCCACUGAAACUGAAACUAAAUAG